GAUAAAGCAGGCAGUGAUUGGCAGAGCUGUGCAUGUCUGCCACAGAGUUUUGGGGCUCGCAACAGUCGAUGCAUCUUAUACUAAGGUAUUAACUGAAUUACAUUUAAUUUCCUCGACAUAAAUAAGGGCGAGAGAAAACAUGGAGGCCAGCAACAGCAGUCAUGCAGCAAGAACAGCAGAAGAUGAGGCUCACACUCUAAAUAUAAAUAUGACACAGGAUACUAAUGCAGCACCCUCUGCAAAGGAUUCCCAGUCACCCCGCAGAGUCAUUGUCCAAGGGCAGCCUGCCACUUCUGUACAGAAUGGAGAACACAGCCCAAAUGUCCAACCUGAUGCUGCCACAGAUAUGGAAAAUGCUAUUAAGCCACAACUCCAGAUUCCAACUUUUAGCACAUUUACUGUUAAGAAUGGUGAAGAACUGAGAGUAGAGAUACCAGUGGUCGGGCAACCAACACCAAAGAUUGAAUGGCAAAGAGAUGGUCACGCAGUCAAAGAGACAUCAAGGCUAGAGGUUUCAAAUACACCAUUAUUAACAGUUCUUCAUAUCAGACAUGGGGUCAGGGAGCACUCUGGUCACUACUCUAUCAUAGCAAGCAACCCUGCUGGAAAAUGUACAGGAGAAAUCACCGUGGUUGUUCUGGAAAAGCCAGACCCACCCAAAGGGCCUGUAAGGAUUGAUGAGGUCAAUUCUGACUACGUUACCAUCUCCUGGGAGCCACCAGAAUACACAGGAGGCUGUGAGCUAGACAACUACAUAGUGGAGAAACGAGAAAUUUCAAGUACAGAAUGGCAGACUGUGUCUGCAACAACUGUAAGAACCACAAUCAAAGUCACCAAAUUGAAGACAGGAAAUGAAUAUCAAUUCAGAGUGUUUGCUGAAAAUAGGUAUGGAAAAAGCACUGCAAUCACCUCUGCCUUUGUAACUGCAGAAUAUCCUUUCAGUGUGCCCACUGCUCCUGGCACCCCCUUUACAUCCACUGUGACAAAGUACAGCAUGGUGGUUGAAUGGAAGCCUCCAGCCAAAGAUGGAGGCAGCCCUAUUAUUGGCUAUCACCUUGAACGCAAAGAGAAGAACAGCAUUUUAUGGACUAAGCUAAACAAAUUUGUUAUACCCGAGGCUCGCUUCAAAACAAGUGGACUGGAGGAAGGCAUUGAGUAUGAAUUCAGAGUCUUUGCUGAGAAUAUUGCUGGACUCAGCUCAUCUAGCAAGAUAUCUGACUGCUAUGUGGCAAGAGAUCCCUGUGAUCCACCUGGUAAACCUGAAGCUGUUGUCAUUACUAGAGAGAAUAUUACUCUUCAGUGGGAGAAACCCAAGUAUGAUGGUGGAAGCACCAUUACAGGCUACAUUGUUGAAAAGAAGGAGCUCCCAGAUGGAAGAUGGAUGAAGGCAAACUUCACCAGCGUUACUGAGAAUCAGUUUACAGUCACAGGUCUGAUAGGAGGCGAUAGUUAUGAGUUUAGAGUAACUGCGAAGAAUGGUGCUGGUGUUUGGAGCCCGCCUUCAGAAAGUGUAACUAUCAUUGCUCAGGAUGUUAUUGAAGGACCCACAGUAUCCAUUGAUCCUAAGUUCAAGAGUACUACUAUUGUUCCAGCUGGAGAUACAUUUGUCAUUGAUGCUGAUUAUUCUGGGAAGCCCCUCCCUGAAGUAACAUGGCUGAAGGAUGGAAAAGAAAUUGACAAAGUUACACCUAGAAUGGAGGUUAAAAACACGCUUACUCAUACAACUCUGACUGUCAGGGACUGUAUUCGAGUGGAUGGGGGUCACUUUGUCUUGAGCCUCAGUAACACUGGUGGAACUACAUCUGUCGCAGUUAAUGUGAAAGUCCUGGAUAGACCUGGUCCUCCAGAUGGACCUCUGAGGGUGAAAGUUGUUAGUGCAGAGAAGUGUAAUCUUCACUGGAACCCCCCUGUAAAUGAUGGUGGUGCCAGUGUUACCCACUUCAUCAUUGAAAAAAGGGAGACCAGUCGUGUUACUUGGACAGGGGUUGAUCCUCAAGUUGAAGCUGUCAGUUACAAAGUGACAAAACUGGUGCCUGGUAAAGAAUAUAUAUUCAGAGUAGCUGCCGUGAACAAAUAUGGUGUUGGUGAAUUUGUGGAAUCAGAUCCCUUCAUUGCACAAAACCCUUUUACAACACCUAGUGCACCUUCUACACCUACAGCCACCACUGUGACUGGUGACUCUAUUGUGCUCACAUGGGAAAGGCCGGAGACUGAUGGAGGCUCAGAGAUUGAUGGCUACAUCCUAGAAAAACGUGACAAAGAGGGGGUCAGGUGGACUAAAUGCAACAGGAGAAGACUCAAUGACUUGCGUUUCCGAUGCACUGGUCUUGCUGAGGGACAUUACUAUCAAUUUAGAGUAUUGGCAGAGAAUGCUGCAGGUGUGGGUGCACCCAGUGAGCCAAGUGAGUACAUAAAGGUAUGUGAAGCUACUUACCCACCUGGUCCCCCUACAAAUCCCAAGGUGACAGAUUAUUCCAGCAGUUCUGUGUCCCUUAGCUGGUCAAAGCCCAUCUAUGACGGUGGAGCAACCAUCAGUGGAUAUGUUGUUGAGAUGAAAGAAGCAGCAGAUGACGAGUGGAUCACAUGCUCACCAAGCACAGGUGUAGAGGACACAAACUACACUGUGAAGAGACUGAGAGAUAAUGCACAGUACAAUUUCCGCAUACGUGCAAUGAAUGCUGCUGGAGUUGGAGAGCAUGUGGAUCUACCUGGGUCUGUGGUAGCUGCUGAAAAACUGGAGGCACCUGAGAUUGAGUUGGACACUACCUUAAGGAAGAUUGUUAGUGUUCGAGCCUGUUCCACUUUACGUCUCUUUGUCACCAUCAAAGGAAAGCCAGAGCCUGAGGUCAAAUGGUCAAAAGAAGGUGGUACUCUCAGUGAGCGUGCUCAAAUUGAGGUAACAAACUCCUACACAGUGUUAUUGAUCGAGAAUGUCAAUAGAAAUGACACAGGAAAAUAUGUGUUGACUGCUGAAAACUACAGUGGUUCUAAAUCAGCAUUCAUCAGUGUCAGAGUAUUGGACACUCCCACCGCACCAACCAACUUAGAGAUAAAGGAGGUAAAGAGAGACUCUGUGUCCAUCUCCUGGGAGGCACCUCUCAUUGAUGGAGGAGCAAAGAUUUCACACUAUGUCGUAGAAAAGAGAGAGGAGACUAGGAAGGCAUUCACAAGCGUCUGUAGCAACUGUGUGAGAAACUCAUGCAAGAUUGACAAUCUCCAAGAAGGAUGCUUCUAUUAUUUCCGUGUUCUGGCUGUGAAUGAGUUUGGCACUGGACUGCCAGCAGAGAUCAUUGAUGCUGUUAAAGUCUGUGAGGCUCCUCUGCCUCCUGGCAAAAUCACAGUCAGUGAUGUUACCAGCAGUAGUGGACGACUCUCUUGGGAGAAGCCUGACCAUGAUGGAGGAAGCAAAAUCACUUGUUAUAUCGUAGAAAUGCAAGUUAAGGGAGAUGACACAUGGACAAUAUGUUCAGAGAGUAAAGCACUGGAAGUGACUAUUAAUGGGCUGGCUAAUGGAAAGGAGUAUUUCUUCAGAGUGAGUGCUGUUAAUGAAAAGGGAAAAAGUGAACCAACGUGCCUUUUGACACCUGUUACAGUGAAUAAUAGUAGUGCUGGACCCAUUAUAAAUUUGCUGUCCAACACGUUCAGUGUAAAAGCAGGAAACGAUUUAAAGAUUGAUGUUCCCUACAAGGGUGUACCACAGCCAACAGCAACCUGGACAAAAGAUGGCAACUUGCUGAAAGAAACAAGCAGGGUAAAUACGCAUACAUCUGACACAUCAUCUCAAAUAAUUAUCAAAGAUGCAAGCAGAAUAGAUGCUGGAGUGUAUGAAGUGACUUUGGCCAACUCAGUUGGAACCACAUCCGCUGAAAUCUUUGUUAAUGUUUUUGAAAGACCUGGCCCACCAACUGACCUCAGUGUGGAUGAAGUGAGUGCUGAUUUCAUGUCUUUGUCAUGGCAGCCCCCACAUUAUACUGGUGGAUGUCAAAUUAGUAAUUAUGUUGUUGAGAAGAGGGAUACAGGCAGCACAAUAUGGCAGACUGUGUCAGCCACAGUUGCCAGAACAUCAAUCAAAAUUUCUCGUCUGACACAGGGCACUGAAUAUCAGUUUCGUAUUGCUGCAGAGAAUCGCUAUGGCAAAAGCCACUUUGUUGAGUCUGAACCUGUUGUUGCCCAAUAUCCCUUUAAGCCUCCUGGUCCACCAAUCAAUCUCCGGGUUGUAAAUGCUUCAAAGUCUGUCAUGGUGGUUGUAUGGAGCAAGCCAGACAAUGAUGGAGGCAGCCCUAUUAUUGGUUAUCAUAUUGAAUGCAAAGAUCAAAGCAGUAUUUUGUGGACAAAGUUAAACAAAGGACCAGUAACUGAGAACCAAUUCAAGGUGACAAGUGUUGAAGAGGGUCUGGUUUAUGAGUUCCGGGUUUGUGCUGAGAAUAUGGCUGGUGCUGGACCAUGCAGUAAGGCAUCUGAGCCUGUGGCAGCAAGAGACCAGUGCGAUCCUCCACGCAACUUCACAGUAACCAACAUAACUAACAGCUCAGUUUCCCUCUCAUGGGAUAAACCAGAAUACGAUGGUGGGGCUAAAAUAACUGGGUACAUUGUUGAGCGUAAAGAGCUACCAGAUAGUUGCUGGCUUAAAUGCAACUUCACCAACUUACUGGACACCUUCUUGGAAGUGACUGGCCUCACAGAGGGCGAACAGUAUGAUUUUCGUGUGAUUGCCAAAAAUUCAGCUGAGCUCUUUAGUGCACCCUCUGAAACCACAGGACCUGUGACUGUACAGCAUGAUGUAGAGCCACCCAAAAUUAAAUUGGAGGACAGAUUUAGACAGGUGUUGGUUGUCAAAGCAGGAGACCUCCUAAGAAUAGAUGCUGACAUCUCUGGCCGCCCAAACCCUACAGUAUUUUGGUUGAAGAAUGCUAGAAACAUUGGAACCAAGGGAAGGGUUGAGAUAACUGCAACAAAGGCACAUACCUCUUUACUUAUCAGAGAAAGUGUUAGGAAAGACUCUGGACAGUAUACUUUAACCCUACAGAACACUGGUGGUACCACAUCUAAGACUAUCAUCUGCAAGGUCCUGGACAGGCCUGGCCCACCUGCUGGACCUCUUGUAGUAUCUGGACUCUCAGCAGAGAAAUGCACCCUGUCAUGGGGACCUCCUCCUGAGACGGGUGGUGCUGAAAUCAUGUACUACAUUGUUGAGAAGUGUGAAACUAGCCGUGUUUCUUGGAUCGUUGUGUACGGUGACAUGAUGGCAACUACUUGCAAAAUAACCAAGCUAGUGAAAGGAAAUGAAUACCUGUUUAGGGUGAGGGCAGUGAACAAGUAUGGGGAAGGUGAAACUCUGGAAAGUGAGCCUAUCAAAGCCAUGGAUCCCUUUACUAUUCCAUCCGCUCCGACUGAUGUAGAGGUCACGAGUGCAACCAACGAUACUAUGACUAUCUGCUGGAAGAGACCUGCCUCUGAUGGCGGCAGUCGCAUUAGUGGAUACAUUAUAGAGAAGAGGGAGAAGCAGGGUGUUCGCUGGGUUCGUGUCAAUAAGAAACCAGUCUAUGACCUACGAGUCAAAGCUUCCUGCCUGCACGAGGGAUGUGAGUAUGAAUUCAGAGUUUUUGCUGAAAAUGCCGCUGGACUAAGUGAACCCAGUCUCCCAUCCCCACUCACACUAGCAGAGGACCCAAAGUUUCUACCUUCCCCUCCUGCAAAACCCACCAUAAGUGAUUCAGCCAGGUCCUCCAUAACUCUGUCAUGGAACAAGCCACUGUUUGAUGGUGGAGCAGCAGUCACUGGUUACAAAGUUGAAUUUAGAAAAUCAACAGAAGAAGACUGGACUGUUGGUGUCCAUAACAUUGAUAAAACUGAGUUUACAGUUACUGGACUCACAUCAGGUACUGAAUAUGUGUUCAUUGUCAGAUCCAUAAACAAGAUUGGUAUCAGUGAGCCCAGUCCUGAAACAGAUCCUCAAGUGGCCAUGGAGAGAGAAGAAGAGCCCAGGUUUGAAGUUCCCACCGAGAUGAGAAAAACCCUGCUUGUUAAAGAUGGCAGCUCCUUCACUUUGACUGUGCCUUUCACAGGCAAACCUGUUCCCACUGUGACAUGGGACAAGGCAGAUGUCGAUCUGAGAGUCAGAGGACUGAUCAACACCAGCAGCUCCGUCACCUCUAUCACAGUGGAAAGGGCAACACGUGACGAUUCUGGCAAGUACAUAAUCAAACUGCAAAACGUUGCAGGAUCUGCCUCUUUGACGCUGAGUGUAAGAGUUUUGGAUUCACCUGGUCCACCAAUCCAUAUAGCAGUUAAAGAUGUGACCAAGAACUCUGCCACUGUUUCCUGGGACAUACCUGAGAAUGAGGGAGGAGGCCCUGUUAAGAACUACCUUGUAGAUAUAAGGGACCUCAGCAGAACAGGGUGGACAAGGCUCACAGACAAAUGCCGCAGACUGUCCUACAAGGUGUCAGACCUGGAGGAGGGAGGAAUCUACUUCUUCAGAGUCACCGCUCAAAACGAGUACGGGAUCGGCGUUCCAGCUGAGACCAAGGAGGGAACGAAAAUGAUAGAUACAAAUGACUGGGAGACAAAUCCAGGAGCUUAGCUUGUCUCCUUACAAGAGGUGAAGUAAUCAUCUCCUGGUCUUCAUGUCAAGAUGCUUGUGUGUUUCUCAUCUUCAUUCAGUGCUAUUCAAAAAACAAAACAAAACAAAACAAAACAAAACACAUAUGAGCAUUAAUACAUUACCAGAAGCUAUGUUUUUGUAGAUACUAUUAUAUUUCUCUUUUAAUUGUUUGUUUGUUACUUGUACUAGUAAGCCUAAUUAAUGACUUAAAUUCUAUAGAAGGAAAAUACAUUCAUGCCCUGUAUUUGUUUGUUUUUGGUUCAAUAAAAGACAACAAUUGUUUUGUUGCAAUGACA